AUGUCUCAAAGUACUCCCUCAAAGCAAUUGUCUCCUUCCUCUGAAAAAGCAUCGGAGUCUAGGGCACCAAAUGUGGUGAUUGAUCAAGAUGUCGUGUUGAAUGUCGCACCAUUAAACGCUGUUCCUGCUUCCGAUCCUGUUCGCAGUCAACCAAGAAAGAUGCAUGCAAGAAAAUCAACCGGAGGAUCUGUUCCAGAAACUUUUUCUGUCCAGGGUAGAGAGGGCUCUUCUUAUGUUCAUAAUGUGAUUGCAAAUAUUGUCACCAGAAUCUUGAAUGAAGGGCACAAGGUUGAUGGAAUAUCUGUUCCUCUAGCCCAAAUGCCUGCUUCCGAGAACAUCCAAGAUGAUCAAGGUGAGCAAGAUGAUGCUAGCAAAGAUCAGGAUAAUGUUGAGACAUCUGCUGAUAAAAAUGAUGAGACCCCUGUUGCUAAAGAUGUUGAGACAUCUAUUCCUGCUGUUCCUGCUGAGAAAGAUGCAAGCCCUAAUGUGCAUGAUGUGGUGGAUCUAGAUGAUCUUGAUGAUCCUAUUGAUAUUGCUGAUGAUGACCUCAUCUCCAGCAUCUCCAACAGGGUCAAGGCUCGUAAGGGAAAGCAAGUUGGUGAGCAAUAUCCUCUCAAGCCACAGGUUACUCCUCUGAAGACUGUUACUAAAGAAAAGAUGAAGAAAGUUCCCUCUGGACCUUCAAAGUCUGGAAGCAAAGAGUUUAUUGUCAAUUUGUCUCAAGACUGUGCUGAUGGUAGAACAGAUGAUUUUCAUAAAGUUUAUGUUAGAAGAAAAUGCAUAGAAUUUUCUCCUACUGCUAUAAACCACUAUCUAGGUAGAAAUGCUGAAGCUCAACCUGAGUUUGAAGUAACUGAUAAUGAGGUUUGCAAAACCAUCACUGGGGGUAAGGUUAAAAAGUGGCCCAUCAAAAGUAAACUGUCUGCUAGUCUCUUGACUGUCAAGUAUGCUCUGCUGCAUAAAAUUGGUGCUGCCAACUGGGUGCCCACCAAUCACACAUCUACCAUUGCUGUUGGCUUAGGUAGAUUCAUUUAUGCUAUAGGGACCAAGACUGUGUUUGACUAUGGGACCUAUAUUUUUGAUCAGACUAUGAGACAUGCUGGUACCUCUGCCACUAAGCUUCCUAUUGCCUUUCCAUCCCUAAUAUGUGGAAUCAUCCUAAAGCAAUACCCUGGCAUCUUGAAAGCUAAAGAUUCUUCUGCUGAUAGUGGUGAUGAUCAUGCUGCUGGUGGUGAUGGUGAGAAGAUGGAUGCUGAUAGUGAUGAUGAAUAUAAGGCUGAGGAUGAUGAGGAUGCUGAUGCCCAGACUAGUAGCUCCAGUGAUGUGGAGAUGAGUGAGGAGGAUGAUGAAGAUACUGCCUUUACCUGA